GCCGGAUGGACUCCACUACACUAUGCGGCUGCUAACGGGCACCUGGAGGUCGUUGCAGCACUGACGCGCAGUGACAUCUGCGACAUCAAGCUAAGAAACGCCGAGCACCUGAGUGCACGCGACUUAGCCGUACAAGAGGGGCACACCUGUGUUGUAGAGUAUCUGGAUUCAAUGGUAAGGAGUGUGAGUGUGUGUGAGUGA